CUCGGAUCAUGAGCAGGACUCUGCAGACCCGGGUCCCCCUGCUGCUGCUGACCCUGUCCUCCCUGUCCGCGGGAGUCCUGGGGGGGUACGGGCUCAGCAUGUUCGCCGCACAGUCCUCCCCCCCGGACCCCUGCUACGACGAGAACGGGAACCCGCGCAGGUGCAUCCCGGACUUCGUCAACUCGGCUUUCGGCAAGGACGUGCGCGUGUCCAGCACCUGCGGCAGCCCCGCCGCCCGCUUCUGCGUGGUGACCGAGAAGGACGAGGAGCGCGCCCGCGACUGUCACACGUGCGACUCCGGGGACCCCAAGAAGUCCCGGCCGGCCGCCUACCUGACGGACCUGAACAACCCGCACAACCUGACCUGCUGGCAGUCCGACAACUUCGUGCAGUUCCCGCAGAACGUGUCGCUGACGCUGCCCUUGGGCAAGAAGUUCGAGGUGACCUACGUGAGCCUGCAGUUCUGCUCCCCCAGACCCGAGUCCAUGGCCAUCUACAAGUCCAUGGACUACGGCAAGUCGUGGGUGCCGUUCCAGUUCUACUCCACGCAGUGCAAGAAGAUGUACGGCCGGCAGAACCGCGCCGCCAUCACGAAGCAGAACGAGCAGGAGGCCGUGUGCACGGACUCGCACACCGACAUGCACCCGCUCAGCGGCGGCCUCAUCGCCUUCAGCACGCUGGACGGCCGCCCGUCCGCGCACGACUUCGACAACUCCCCGGUGCUGCAGGACUGGGUCACGGCCACGGACAUCCGGGUGGUGUUCAGCCGCCUGCACACGUUCGGGGACGAGAACGAGGACGACUCGGAGCUGGCGCGAGACUCCUACUUCUACGCCGUGUCCGACCUGCAGGUGGGCGGGCGGUGCAAGUGCAACGGGCACGCGUCCAAGUGCGUGAAGGACCGCGAGGGGAGCCUGGUGUGCGAGUGCAAGCACAACACGGCGGGCCCGGAGUGCGACAGGUGCAAGCCCUUCCACUACGACCGGCCGUGGCAGCGGGCCACGGCGCGCGAGGCCAACGAGUGCGUGGCCUGUCACUGUAACCUGCACGCCCGUCGCUGCCGUUUCAACAUGGAACUGUACAAGCUGUCAGGCCGCAGGAGUGGUGGGGUCUGCCUCAACUGUCGUCACAACACAGCAGGACGCCACUGCCACUACUGCAAGGAGGGGUACUACAGGGACUUGACCAAGUCUAUUUCACACCGCAGAGCUUGCAAAGCGUGCGACUGCCAUCCAGUCGGAGCAGCGGGGAAGACGUGCAACCAGACCACGGGCCAGUGCCCCUGCAAGGAUGGAGUGGCCGGGAUCACCUGCAACCGCUGUGCCAAGGGCUACCAGCAGAGCCGCUCCCCCAUCGCUCCGUGCAUCAAAAUCCCCAUUGCAUCUCCAACAUCUACUUAUAACAGCUACGAGGAGCCAUCCGAUUGUGACUCUCACUGUAAAGCCUCCAAAGGGAAAAUGAAGAUCACCAUGAAGAAGUACUGUAAAAAAGACUACGCUGUCCAAGUGCACGUUCUUAAAGGAGACAAGGCCGGCGAAUGGUGGAAGUUCACCGUCAACAUCAUCUCCGUGUACAAACAAGGGGAGCAUCGCAUCCGCCGUGGAGACCAGCUGCUGUGGGUGCGCGCCAAAGACGUGGCCUGCAAAUGUCCCAAGAUCAAGCCUGGGAGGAAGUACCUGCUCCUGGGUACAGACGACGACUCUCCCGGACAGAGCGGGGUCGUCGCCGACAAGGGAAGCCUGCUCAUCCCUUGGAAGGACCUGUGGGGUCGUCGGCUGAGGAAGUUUCAACAGCGCGGCAAGAGGGGGAAGUGCUAAAAGUGUGCGGGAGUUGAGAGGAAAGGUGAAAUUGAGACACCUCUACGUGGAUUAGGACGAGGAAGAGGAAAUAAUGGGUGUAAAAGUGAACUGAAAGAAGUCAAACUAAAGGGACGCAA